AUACAGGAAAUAUCAAUUUUAUUAGUGGGAUGCAGCAUCAGAAAAUUUUAUAUAGGCGUAAUGAAUGAUUUCGUCAUUGAUUACAUUUUGGUUAGAUAUUGACAGUAUUUGUUAGAAUUCAGUAGUGGUUAUAGAUAUGGCUAAGAAAGAUAAGAAGUCAAAGGAAGCUAAAAAACUUCGAACAGCAGAAAAGGCUAAGAAGAAUCAAUCAAAGGCUGAAAUCAAAGAUAAAAAAGUUGCUAAAAAAUUAGGUGAAGAAGAAGAAGAUGAAGAUAUAGAUCAAAUCUUAGAACAAUUCGCCAAAGAGCAAGCAUUAUUCGAAGAAGUUAACAUCACUGUUACUGAAAGACCAUCAAAAAGAUUGAAUCCUACUAUGGUGGCUAAUCCUAUCAAUGGGAAACGUGAGUUUAUGUUAUUUGGUGGUGAAUCAAAUGAUGGAUCAAUUGCUCAUUUUUAUAAUGAUUUAUACGUCUAUACCGUUGAUAAUGAUACCUGGAGGAAGAUAAGUUCCAAGAAUGCACCAUUACCAAGAUCUUCCCAUGCUAUGUGUUCUCAUCCAUCUGGUAUAAUAUUAAUGUUUGGUGGUGAAUUUUCAUCUCCAAAACAAUCUACCUUUUAUCAUUAUGGUGAUACUUGGAUCUUAGAUGCUGAUAGCAAAGAAUGGUCUAAAAUUGAUCAAAAGAAAGGACCAUCCGCUAGAUCAGGUCAUAGAUUGGCCGUUUGGAAGAAUUAUAUUAUGUUAUAUGGUGGAUUUCGAGAUUUAGGAAAUAUGUCAACUUAUUUAAAUGAUUUAUGGUUAUUUGAUGUCACUACUUAUAAAUGGACUCAAGUAGAAUUUCCACAAACUCAUACUAUUCCUGAUGCAAGAUCAGGUCAUUCAUUUUUACCAUGUGCUGAUGGUGCCAUUGUCUAUGGUGGUUAUUGUAAAGUUAAAGCAAAGAAAGGUUUACAAAAAGGUAAGGUUUUAACUGAUUGUUGGGUUUUAAAGAUGAAAUCAGAUCCUAAGGCAAUUAGAUUUGAAAGGAAAAAGAAGCAAGGUUCAAGUCCUACUGCCAGAGUUGGUUGUUCAUUGGUAUAUCAUAAGAAUAGAGGUAUAAUGUUUGGAGGUGUUUAUGAUUAUGAAGAGAGUGAAGAACAAUUGGACUCAGAAUUCUAUAAUACUUUGUAUUCGUAUCAUAUAGAAACAAAUAGGUGGUAUAAUGUUUCAUUAAAGAGACAGAGAGCUCCUAAAAGAGAACGUGUUAAAGAAAGAUCAAGAGAUGAAGAUCUUGAAAUAUUAUUGAAUUCUAUUUUAGCCAAAGCCAAAUUAAAUGAUGACGAUGAAGAAGAAGAUGGAGACAAACAGAUUUCAGAAAUUGAAAGAUUGAGACAAAAAGAAGAGCUUGAAGAAGCCGAAGAGGAAAAGAUAGUGUAUCCUAUUAUGAAUCAAUUACCUCAUAAAAGAUUUAAUUCUACUUUAUGUGUAGUUGAUGAUACCUUAUUUAUAUACGGUGGUAUCUUUGAAAGAGGAGAACAAGAAUUCAAUUUAGAUUCUUUAUAUGCUAUUGAUUUAGGUAAAGUUGAUGGGGUUAAAGUGUUAUGGGAAGAUUUAACUGAAAUGGAGAAAGAUGUGGUUAAUUCAGAUGAUGAAGAUGAAGAUGAUGAUGACGAUGAUGAUGACGAUGAUGAAGAAGAUGAAGAUGUUAAAUUGGAAGCUGAAGAUGAAGAUGAAGAAGAGGAAGAAGAGGAAGAGGAGGAAGAUGAAAUUCCAGAUCCAAGACCUUGGUUACCACAUCCAAAGGCUUUCGAGUCAUUAAGAGCGUUCUACGUUCGUACUGGUCCAAAUUUCUUAGAAUGGUCUAUUUCAAGUCACAGAGAUGAAAGAGGUAAAUACUUGAAGAAGGCAGCCUUUGAUUUAUGUGAAGAAAGAUUCUGGGAAAGAAGAGAACAAGUUGCUAUAGAAGAAGAUAGAUUAGAAGAUUUAGGUGGUGUUGGAGAUAUCAUUGAAAAAGAUACUUCCAAAGUUACUAAAAGACGUUAGAUUAUAGAUGUACAUAAACUUUUUUAUUAAUUUAUAAAUAUUUAUCUAAAUAAUUAUAUUACAUGA